AACGCGGCGGUCGACACGAUGGGGUGCGAGCGGCUCGCGGGGCCCGGGGCGAGCGCGCGGGACCGGCGGUUCCACACGCUCGUGGCGCUGAUGCUGUCGAGCCAGACCAAGGACACGGUCAACGCCGAGGCGAUGCGGCGCCUGCAGGCCGAGAUGCCGGCCUGUGCGCCGGGGGAGCCGGCCGGGCUGAACUUGGAGAAUAUGCUUGCCGUUGACCCGGUGGUGCUGAAUGAGAUGAUUGGGAAGGUUGGGUUUCAUAAUAACAAGACGAAAUACCUCAAGCAAGCAGCCGAGAUCCUCCGCGACCGCCACGACUCGGACAUCCCGGACACAAUCCCGGGCCUGAUGUCCCUCCCCGGCGUGGGGCCCAAGAUGGCCCACCUGUGCAUGUCGGCCGACGCCGGCUGGGGCCGGGUCGAGGGCGUGGGCGUCGACGUGCACGUGCACCGCAUCACCAACCUGUGGGGGUGGCAGUCGCCGCCGACGCGCGACCCGGAGCGCACCCGCCUCGCCCUGCAGGCCUGGCUGCCCCGCGACCGCUGGAAGGAGAUCAACUGGCUGCUCGUCGGCCUCGGCCAGACCGUCUGCCUGCCCGUCGGCCGCAAGUGCGGGGACUGCGAGCUCGGGCUGCGCGGGCUGUGCCGGGCUGCUGACAGGGGGAAGGUCGCUGAGGGGAGGAGGAGGAGGGCGCAUGUCAAGGUGGAGGGCAAGGUUGAGGGCAAGGUUGUCAAGGUUGAGGAGGAGGUGGAGGUGGAGGAAAAGGUUAUCAAAGAGGAGGUCAUUAAUAAGGAGGUUCCGGGUGGAAGGAGCCCCAUAAAGGAGGAGGAAUCCGACGCAGCGUGAAGUUGGGGGAGGCUUGAAUAAUAGGGUGUACUAUCUGGGAAUGAGCCCAACGAGGCUUCACUGUACGAUGCCCGAAUUACGGGACUGGCUUGAACGGUUAUGCGGACCACUUGCGCGUGUAUACGGCGCAUAUGCCAUGUUUCGUCUGCUCGAAUUUCCAACCAUGUCGAGACUCUCUACAACAGGCGGGUUUCGGACAAGAUGUCAGGGCACAAAUUUGGGUCAUCAACUCCCAUGCAUGUGGGCCAGAGCACCACUGCAUGUGAGAUAUGUUCAUAAUAUAGAUGGUUUCAUGUUUUGCCCAUCUGAGCUUCUUCUAAAAUCUC